UCAGAACAAAGUUAGAAAAAAUCAGAAUUUUUUUCAAAUUAGAAGGAAACAUUUUAAUGGAUGAGGCACAAUUACAAUUAGCAGAAGAAACGGAUUACAGCAGGGAUUUUGAGGAAGAUUUACGAGGAAAUGUAGAACAUGGCGAUGUUUAUGAUGAACAUUUGGCACAACUACCAGAAUUUGAAGUGCACAAAUUGGGAAAAAAUUUGGGAUGGACACAGAACAAAAUCAGAAUAAAUUCUGAAAACCAGAACAAAAUCAGAACUAAACCAGAAAUGAAUCAGAACAAAUCAGAAAACAUUCAGAAUAAAACCAGAAUAAAAUCAGAAAUAAAAUCAGAACAAAUUCCAAAAAAAAUUUUCCCGCAGCUUCCCAUCGUAACACGCAGAAAAGCCUUAUGGAGCACUCCACUGCCCAGAACUCGACCUUUUAGUCAUUCAUGGGCCUGGUUGUACACAAAACCCCCAACAGCGGCCACACAAAGACAAAAACAAACAACAACAAUAUCACCGGAAGUAAACAAUAAAAUAGAAAAAAGUGUAAUAAAUGACAAAAUGGAAAGAAAAGAAGAACGAAUAAAAAAAAUUAGCGAGGAAACAAUAAAAACCACAACGCCAAGAAUAAUGCUAAAUGAAACAAAUUUAAAUACAAAAAGUUUAGAGACAACAAAAACAAACAAAGAAAGAGAACAACAAACAAACAAAACAAAGGCAGAGAAGGAGAAAACACCGGAAACAACACAAACAACAACACAAACAACAACAUUCUCUACAAACAAGGCAACAACAUUAAAUAGAGAAGAACAACAACAAAUAAACAUAAAAACAAAACAGUUAGAGAAAGAGAAAACAGAAGAAACAGCAAAAACAACAACAAAAGCAACAACUACAACAACAUUUUCUCCAAACGAAUUAGUUAUAGAAAAGGAAGAAAAAGAACAUUUAAUUGAAAGAUUGCGUAAAUUACUCAAAAAUGCAAAUUUGAAGGGCGUGUUUCCCUCAGAGAACAAUAAAGUUGUUGUGGAGGUGCGUUCAAAUGUCAUCGCUAUUGAACCUGCUGUUGAUUCAAAAAAUGUUGAUCCAUCAAAAGCAGGCAGUGGAUUUGCUUGGCCCCGUUCUUGGGAGAAUAAUGAAGCCGAUGACAGAUUGGCAAUUCGAAGUUGGGCUAGAGAACAUUCCCGCCAACCUGACCACCAAUUAGUUUUGCCUUUCCAAAAUAAUUCAGACGAAGGAGAAGAGUCAAUUUCUACCCCAAAACAGCUUCCAAACAUUCUCCAGUCUUCAAUUCAAUUUACAACAACUACUAAAAUUCCAACAACAAUUAAAACAACAACAAAAGUACCAACAACUGCAAGAAAGAAGGGAGUAGUUAAACCAACUUUUUUCAAUUCUGGGACUCAUCGACAUACAGGCCCAACAUUCAACUGCCGCGUGUUGGAUGCAGCGGUGGAUGGCAUACCGAGUGAAAACAAUGACCAGACAUGCCCCUUAGAUUUUCCAGGUUGA